AUGUCAAGAAGACAAAGACAAAGUGGAGUUAAUGGUAUAAGAGGGCCAAACUCAGCAUUGACUGAGUUUUUACGUAAUGAAGGUAUCACUGACGCGUUUAGACAAAGAAGAUUACGUGAUUUAAAUGGUGCAAAUCAAGAUGAUCAUGCACCAACAGAGGACAAUACUACUACUGGAACUGAAACACCUGAACCUACAACAACUGAUGAUAAUCUGGGUAAUGUUACACCGGAAGUUAGAACGGAAUCUGGUUUAAUCCAAGGUGAUGAUGAAGAAAUUAGACAAAUGAAACGCGCGGCAAAGCGAAAGUUAAAAGCUGCAAGACGUGGAGGAAGAAGAUUAAGAAGUCAAGGAUCUCCAGAUGGUAAUAGUAGCAGUAGUGAUAGUGAUAGUGAUGCCAAUUUCAGUGAUGAUGAUGAUGAUGAUGAAGAUGAAGACGAUCUUAAUAAUGAAAUUAAAAAAUUUGGUGAAGAUGAUGAAUGUGUUGAUUGUGGGAAAACAUUUGAACUUUCAGUUAGUUCAAGAUUUAUAAAAGAACAAGCGGGAUAUUUAUGCCAUGAAUGUAAUCAACUAUUAAAAGCUAAAGAAAGGAAAUUGCGAGCUAAUCAAUUGAAUGCUCGUAAAAGAAGGAAAAAAGUGGCACAAGCAUUGUUGAAUAAAUCGGAAAUUAAAGUACCCAAAUUACAAGAUGUUUGUAUCAAGAAAAUUACUGAAAAUAUUGAAGAAGUUGAUGUAUUAGGUGAUAUUGGGCAAGUUAAUAUGAAUAGGAUAUCUAAAAUCUUAUCCAAGAAUCGAUCAUUAAACAACAAGACAAUGACAUUAUUUCUUACCCCGGAUUUGAAACGUUUAGAAUUUUGGGAUUGUUCCAAUGUUGAUUCAGAUUCCCUUAAUAAGAUUGCAUCAUUUUGUCCAAAUUUGGAAUCGUUAACUUUAUUUAUGUGUGGACAAUUACAUAAUGAUAAUUUGCAGUAUUUUGCUACAAACUUAACUAAACUUCAUGAUUUAGCAUUGAAUGGUCCAUUUUUAAUUAGUGAUGUAAUGUGGCAAGAUUAUUUUGAAGAAGCAGGUUCAAGGUUGACUAAAUUUGAAAUUAGAAAUACACAUCGUUUUGGUAAUGAUUCAUUGAUUAGUUUAUUAGAAAAUACUGGUAAAAACUUAACAUCCUUAAAAUUAUCAAGAUUGGAUGGACUAAAUUCAAGUGAAAUCUAUGGAUUAAUUCCUCAUUAUAUCCUGGACUCAAAAUUAACCGACUUGGAAAUUUCAUAUCCUCAAGAUGAAGAAUUAAUAUCUGAUGAUUUGAUAAUUACAAUUCUUUCAAUUACAGGAGAUACACUAACUCUGUUGAAUCUCGAUGGGUGUUCAUCAUUAACAGAAAGGUUUCUACUUGAAGGAGUGGUUAAAUUUUGUCCGAAUUUAACUCAUUUGUCAAUUCAACAUUUAGAUCAAAUUACAAAUGAAGGAUUUGCUAAAGCAUUCAAAGAAUAUGGUCAAAUUAAUCAAGGCGGAUUAAUUGAAGUUUAUUUAACUAAGUGUAUUGGAUUGGGGGACGAGGCAGUGUAUGAAUUAUUUCAACAUUCAAGUCAUACAUUAGUUGAGUUGAGUAUAAAUUCAUUACAUUUAAUUACAAAUGAUUUUCUACAUCAAGUAUUUACUGAAGAUCUGCAUCAAUUCAAAAAGAAAUUACGUGAACUGGAAGAGAAUAAUUCACGAAAGUAUUACAAACAUAUAGGUUUCCCAUUAUUGACAUAUUUUGAUGUUGGGUUUGUUCGUGCUGUCGAUAAUGAAGUUCUUGAAUUAAUAGGUGAAAGUUGUCCACAAUUGAAAGUAAUUGAAGUUUAUGGAGAUAAUAGAUGUACAUCAAGAGCUAGGUUCAGAAAUGGAUUAAUGGUAAUUGGUCGUCAAAGUGAUGAAAUAUCUUAA